AUGACGGAAGAAAGUCCGAACGCUGAAGGAACGGACCAUGAUGAUCAAAAUUCUACGUGGGCCAAAUGGAUGAGUGCACCACUUAGGGGAUUCUUUAAUCAGGCAAACAAUAACGGAACCAACCCGGAAGAGUCUAAAAGGAGCGAUGAGCAAGUACCUACUCCCUGGCUCUCAGGCUUGGCACAACGAUUGCCGUCAUUCUCUUUUCCGCCGCAGGAUGAGGCAGUGGACAUCAAAGAUUUGGCUGACUACGCAAAUCUCAACGCUAAACAAAUUCAGCUGUUGGAGCUUGAGGCACAACAGGGCAUUGUAAAGAAAGCUGAUACGUGGUGUUGGUUUGAAGAUAUAACCAGCUCUUCAAGCGCUGAUCUUACCUUACAGCAGCCGGGAGAGCUGAGCGUAUAUAAUACUGGUUCAUCAGUGUGUCCUCUACCGCUUACCAAGUUUCCUAUUUCAAAAUCUGACUGUCCUCGCUUUAUGGUUGAAAAUUCGACUCUCUUACCGAACACAGUUCCAGAAGAGCUGUAUCAUGAGCGCAAUACGUUUAAUAAAGUUGUCACCGCCUUUAGGAAUUACUACAACUUCCCAAGCGAAAGGCACACAUACCUUAGAAGUGGACCCGCGCAUUCAAGGCUUAAAGAGAAGAAAGUUGUAGUCAUCUCUUUUGUGGGUAAUUUGCCGGAUAGAUAUCGGAAGAUUACUCUUGGGAAGAUGUGUUCUGCAAGGCACCUCUCAUUGAAACUAUCGGCGUCUUUAAAGGAUUUUUCGCCUCAACAAGUUUUGGCUUUUUCCUUGGAAGUUCCACUCGAUCAGAAGCCGCUGGAAGAGUGCUUUGAAGAGUGUACGCAGUUACUGAAAAAUUGGCGCCAUCAGUUUGAUGGAACAUGUCUACUACUGUUUAACGGAUUAUACCACAGUGUCCCGCUUCAAAUCAUGGUUGCAAAACGAAUGCUGGAAGAUGCGCACGGCUUUGGUAUGAAGCAAGUUCCGUCGGUAGGAUUGCUCUGUCUUGAAUCAUGCUUAGGCGGAUAUCAAUUCUGGGAUCAUAGUUCUGACAUAACCAUAGACCCAGCGUCCGCCAACUACCAAGCCAAUAGGGAAAAGGUUUUGUUUCAAGGUUGCACCCGCAUCCAACAGGAAAUUUUGAGCCAAAUAUCCGAAUACAAAGAUCUAAACUCUCCAAAGUCAAAGCAAGUUCGGGAAGCUCUUGACUGGCUAUUUCAAAAUUGCGCUAGCGCUAAGUUGGUACUUAUGGGAAAACUGUAUGAGAGUUUUAUGACGGUAGGCCAAAAACUUGCAAUAGACUAUCAACAUCCAAAUAUUAUAAGGCAUGUAUGGCUCUCUGGUUCAGAUUUGGGGAUGGACCUGAAAAAAGCGGACAAGUUUCUUCCAACUAAAGAUGAGUUUUCGGCGCAGCCGUUUUUCCAUCAGCGACAGCUUGAUAUUCCCAAAGACCGGCUUUUUGAGAUUUGUUUGAUAAGAGACCUUAUUACGGCAGUAAACCUAGGCUAUGAAGAAGCCGCGAUUAUGACGAAAAUGAUAAGUCCCUUUUUUAUAUCUCGAUCAUUUAACCAGCAUACGCUUCCCGCAACACUAAAGAAACAACAGCAAUAUGAGCUCAAAGCCUGGCUUCAAGAAAUGGAUUUGAAAUGGAAGACAUUCGAUGUUGCGAAAGACGGCGGCUUGCCCGCUGUAGUUGGCAAUGUUGCUGAUCAAUUGGAAUACAUUCUUUACAAGGCCACGCGACAAUCACCCGAGCAUAUCAAAAUAAAAAGCGGAAUGUUUGAGGAUUCCCAGGUGUACAGUGCAUUUGUUCUUGAUAUAGUCAAAACCACGACAUUGCUCGAACCGAGAAAGUUGGCGUUCACUACAGGUUCUGCAGAAACGUCUAGCAUUCUCAGCAGUCGAAGUCAAUAUGAUCUUGUCUGGCAGCUACACAGUUUCUUUUCGUUCUUUACUGACCUUCGCAAUCUUCCCGAGCAGACUCUUCCCAAGCUUCUCUUCUUACUAUCUCGGCAACCCGCUUCAGCCAAGUUAAUUGAUUAUUCCCCGACCCGCUUUAGGCGAACCAAUGACGAAGCUUUGAGCAGAUUGAGGGAGUUAUGGGAAGUCUAUCAUGACUGGAAACCUCCUACUAAAGCACUCAAACAACUUCAGCGUAUCCUAAGCUUUCUUUCCCUCUACCCAUCUAGUGUGCGCUUUCAAUCUGACAUGAAUCGUACCAAAUGUUGA